UUAUUAAAAAAAAAAGCAUUUAAAAAUAUAAAAAUGCAUUGUUGUUUAUGAAUUGCCAAUGGAUUUGUUGAUACGUCUAUAUAACUAAUUACUUUGGAAAUUGUUUGGAUCAUAACUAACUCGUUAAUGCUUAAUCUAUUUAGUGUGUACACCUUCGACAAUAAUAACUAGCCAAUUCUUAAAUUUAUCCAUGGCAAAUGGCAAUGAUUGUUUAGUUAUUGGACUGUAAAAGAUACUGAUAAAAGCUAGAAUUGUAACAAUAAUAUUUUGUUUGAAUACAUGAGUACAUAAUAUUUUUUAGGAACAUUACAUAUGUAUUUGCAUCUGUAACAAUGGAGCCAAUCAUCAUAGUUCACGGUGGUGCUGGUGAUAUACCAGACAGUCGAGUACAAGGCAAACUAGAUGGUGUUAGAGUUGCUGUAAAAGCUGGAAGUAAAAUAUUGAAAGACGGUGGCACUGCCUUGGAUGCUGUUGAGGCUGCUGUGGUUUCCAUGGAGAAGGAUGAGUAUUUUAAUGCAGGCUUCGGCUCGGUAUUAAACCUACGUGGUGAAGUAGAAAUGGAGGCCAGUAUUAUGAGUGGAAAAAACCUUGAUGUGGGUGCUGUCACACUAAUUAAAGACUUUGAACACCCAAUCAGUAUUGCCCACAAAGUUUUAUCAGAUUCACCCCACUCAUUGCUUGGUGCAGAGGGUGCUAAAAUAUUUGCUCUGGAGAAGGGAUUUCAAACGGUGCCGCCAGAAUCACUUAUCAGUGAAAAUGCAAAACACGCUCUCGAUGAGUUCUUGAAACACGGUGAAUUUGGUAAAACCGAAAUAGGUUUAAAGAAUGACGGAGGAGUGGGAACAGUGGGUGCAGUUGCAAUUGAUCGUAAUGGGGAUAUAGCGGUUGCUACUAGCACUGGAGGAAUGUGUGGGAAAGCCGUCGGCCGAAUUGGAGACACGCCACAGAUAGGUAGCGGCACAUAUGCUGAUAAUCAUGUUGGAGGUGUUUCUACCACUGGUCACGGUGAAUCGAUAUUGAAGUACUGUUUGGCUCACAGUAUUAUUAAACUCAUGGGGACUGGUAUUGAUGCAAACACUGCUACUAAGACUGCUGUUGAUGGUAUGACGAAUCGUUUAAACAAAACAGCAGGGGCGAUAACUCUUUCAAGGGAUGGAGAUGUAGGAAUACAUUUCAGUUCCAUGAGGAUGGCGUGGGCAUACAUUAAAAAUAAUAAACUUGUCUAUGGAAUUGAACGUAAUCAACGACUUGAGGACUAGUAUAAAGAUUGAUUAUUAAUAGGGUUUUGUAUGACCUAAAAAAUGUUAAUAAGAUGGAUGUAAUACAAUAUAAUAAAAUAAUGUUUUAUAUGUGAUAUAUACAGUAUUAUAAUAUUUUAUUAUUAUAUAAAUGUGUUUUUACAUUUCACCAAAACUAUACAAAUGAAAGUGUUACAUGCUCUCUCGUCCUUAUAAAUUUUUAGUAAUAUACAGCUGUGGUCAUAUAAUUAGAAACACUUCUUAUGAAUAAAGAAACUAUAGCUGCAACGUACAAUUGUUCGUAAAAUAUACACAUUCCAUUAACAAUAAACAUGCGAUGAUGUAGCCACACAAGUAAAAACUCAUUAAAUGCCUAAAAUAUCAUA